AUGUCCGAACAAUAUGUUUCUGAUGAAGAAAUGGACCCCCGAAACUCCUCCCCAAUCCCAGGAUCCGCCUAUGAAGAUUCGGGUGAUGAUGGCAAAAAGUCCUCAAGAAAAACCAAAUCUAACGCCAAAUCAAAGUCUAAGAUAUUUCCUGAUAAAAAAUCUACUGGCGAAAAAAUUGUGUCGGUAAAAUUAAAUGGCGCUGAAUAUAUUAAUCUUUCCCUCCGUCACAUCCGAGAGGCUUUCCAGGCUGGAACAAAUCCUACUCAGUCAGACUUCCAAUUUGUACAAGCAUUUCACGGUAGCGUGCCUAAAGUUGUAAUACAACAAAGGGCGUUUAGCGCUUAA